GUUCUCUACCGACUUCCACAACUUCUGACUAAGUAACGCAUCCGGCUUCGUUCUUCUCUACCAAUGCCAGCCAUAAGGACUUCUGUCAAUUUUAUUCCUUCGUCUAUCCUCAAUUCUGGUCCAUCACUCGCUACAGGCAAAGUGGCGAAAAGCUGGACCCAGCCAUGCGAUACUUUCUACCCCAUUGAACCUACUGAAAGAGCUUUGUAUCGCACCAAUGAUGGCAAGAAAGUCACGCCAUACCAAUGGGAUGUCUAUGAUUUUACGCGAAAAAUCCCUUGCGGCAACGUAACCACGUACAAGACUGUCAGUUCAGCAAUUGGAGGGUCACCACGUUCAGUCGGCGGAGCCCUCAGAAAUAACCCAUUUGCACCAUACGUCCCUUGCCACCGGGUAAUUGCUAACAACCUCUUUGUCGGUGGCUUUUGUGGCGAAUGGGGACGGGAUGCUAAAACAGGCACGCAAUUCAACCGUAAAUUGAAGUUGCUCGAAGAAGAAGGUUUGUUGUUCACACAAGACGGGUACCUCAAUGAUAAAGACGGGAAGGCUAUUUGGCAGCCUGGUGCCCAGUAAGUAGUACUAGCAGUACUUCGGCGGACCUUGUAAUUUAUAGGCCUAGCGGGUCGGAGCAUCUAAACUAUCCAAAGAAAUUCAUUAUGUACCUAGUUUUAUUGACUCGAUCACAACAUG